AUUAUUUAUUUUGAUAACUAUGAAACAACAAAGGUCAUCAAUGAUGUGAUAAGAGUCAGUACAAUACAGUGGUUAUAACCACCUAAAUCUAAAAUGCCGAUUGUAUUUUCAUGAAGAACCUGAUUUAGGACAUCAACAUGGAAUUUUUAAGUGAAAAUAUAGAAAAGGAUGGUUUCGCUGUCAUUGAAAAUCUUUUCACGUCGCAAGAAUGCGAGGAAAUGAUCAAAGAAAUAAGACAAGUUAUCCAGACCACGAAUAAUGCAACGAAAAGAGUUAUAUUCAAGGCUACCGCAGAGAAUGAUGCACCUCAGGCGAAGGAAAAAUAUUUUUUAGAUAGCGCUCACAAAAUCAGCUUCUUCUUCGAGGAAGGUUCAGUAGAUGAAGACGGUAAACUGGCUGUGGCCGAAGAAUAUCUGGCUCUCAAUAAAAUAGGACAUGCUCUACAUGCACUCAACGGAGUAUUCGGAAAAUACACCUUCGAUGAAAGAAUCAAAAAUAUCUGUCGAAGUUUGGAUCUAGUUGAUCCAAAGGUAUGCCAGAGUAUGUUUAUCUUCAAAAAUCCCCGCAUAGGUGGUGAAGUUACUCCUCAUCAAGACGCAUCAUAUUUGCAUACCUCACCACAAAGCCUUUACGGGAUAUGGAUUGCCCUCGAAGAUGCGACUAUAGAAAACGGUUGCCUUUGGUUUCAUAAAGGUUCCCAUAAAGGUCCUCUCUUCAAAAGGCUCAUAAGAAAUCCGGAUAAAAGUUCUGAUAUUCUUACUAUUUAUACCGGAGAAAAUAUAGAGUUCAAUGAAGAAAACUAUGUUCCUGUUUCUGUGAAUAAAGGCUCUUGUGUUGUUAUCCACGGAAAAGUGUUGCACUUUAGCAAGCCAAACACUUCACCAAUUUCCAGAAAUAUCUAUACCUUUCAUGUUUACGAUGAUCAUCAAACAACAUUUUCAGAAGAAAAUUGGACGCAACCAACGGAAAAAACGCCUUAUAUGUCAGUUUUUAAUAAGAAUUAAAACAAUAUUAAUGACUCA